CUUGUUUGCUUAAUAACUCAAGUCACUGCCUUAACCCAUUGUCUCCAUACUUUGAUGGCACCAGCACCGGCACCAGCAGAAGGCGAUAAUCUCGAGCGCGACAUCUUCGGUGAUGGCUCUGAACUAUCUUCAGAGGAAGACGAUGCCCCACAGCAGCGUCAGAGACAGCAGCAGCAGCGCCGCCCCGCCGAAGAAGACGCAUUCUCCUCUGGCGAAUCAAGCGAUGCUUACGUGCAGGAGCGUCAGGCAAAACCAAAGCGUCGCGUCAAACGCCGCGAGGAUGACGAACCUCGCAGGACCCAGAAGAAGCGCAAACGAAAACAACAACUCACCGAGGAAGACCUCAAUGAUCUACCCCCUGAGAAAGCAAAUAAACUUCGGCUAGACAUGCAGUUCGAUGCUAUUCUUAAACCGAAAAAAGCAAAUCGGCAGAAGAAACCCAAAAAAGAUGACGAGGAGAUUUUAGACCGGUUCGCAGAUGAGGAAGUGUCUCGUCUCAGGGAGGCCAUGCUUGGUGCCGCAGCUGAUGAUGAACAAGCUAACCGCGAGAAGCUCCCCGCAACCAACAAGCUCAAACUUCUGCCUCAAGUAAUGGAGGUCCUCCGCAAGCAAUCACUCUCACAAUCUAUAAUGGACAACAACCUCCUAGAAGGCGUCCGGCGCUGGCUGGAACCUCUCCCAGACCGCUCACUCCCGGCCCUUAACAUCCAGCGUGACUUUUUCCCAAUCUUGAAACGCAUGGAAUUUAUCGACAGCGCUGUACUCAAAGAAUCCGGUCUGGGUCGCAUCGUUCUAUUUUACACCAAAUGCAAGCGCGUCACAGCUGACGUGCAACGCAUUGCCAACGAGCUCGUAUCCACAUGGUCACGCCCUAUAAUCAAACGCAGCGCCUCAUACCGUGACCGUGUCGUUCCAAUCGCCGAGGAAGACGGCACCGAACGCACGAACGAACGCCUUAACGCUAUUUUAGCCCGUGCAAAGGAGGGAGAAAAGAACCGUAUCCGGAAGAACGCCGUCAUGAUUCCGCAAAAGAACCUCGGCACGUACACGGUUGCGCCGAGGACUAGUGCGGGCGUGAAGAGCAGUGCGAGUGUGGAAACUGAUACUGCGCGCAGGAAAGUUAAUGCUGAGCGGUUGAGGACCCUUUCUAGGAAGAUGGCAACCCGCGCAUGACCAUUGAUUACUGACGAUUUUGAUUUGUGUCUUGGGUAUUCUUGUAUUUUAAUUGUUGAGAAUAUAGUGUCUCGUUAACAAAGA